UUCACACACACCCAUUGAUCCACCUGAAGUCCCCGAUUCUUCUGAUCUCCAAAGAGGAACCGCAUCGACCUCAACUAUCUCACUCAACCAUCAGUCCUGUAGACUAUGGAUAAAGGCAUGGAUGAUGAUCUGGAUGAUUUGGAAGAGGUGGAAUAUUUGGAGGACAUGGAGGACGCUGAAGUCCCGGAGAGUGCCCCACCGUACCCAGGUCAUCCGGUAGAUUAUGGAGGAAAAGAUGCGAGCCAGAAUGAACUGGAAAUCCAGGCACCUCCGUAUACUGUGAACAUGGCAUAUGCAGCAUCCCCAGAGCCGGGCAUCAAAACUGGAGUUCACAAUCCGUACUUUCAAGCAGGUCCAAACCCCGGGAUGUACCCUCAGGCUGCCGGUCCAAACCCAGGGAUGUACCCUCAGGUUUCCGGUCCAAACCCUGGAAUGUACCCUCAGGUUGCCGGUCCAAACCCUGGGAUGUACCCUCCUGCCAUGGGUCAAAACCCAGGGAUGUACCCUCAACCUAUGACUAUGACAAACUCGAGGGUACUUCCAAGCCUGCGUGAUCAUCCUGGUCAUACCAUGUGCCCUCACUGUAAACAUCAAGUGAUCACCAUCACAGACUACUACUCUGGACUCAUGGCUUGGCUUGCAUGCGGCUGUCUCGCCCUCGUUGGGUGUUGGCCGUGCUGUAUCGCACCAUUCUGGAUGGAUUCUUGUAAAGACGUGGAGCAUCGCUGCCCUAACUGCAACAAAGUCCUGUCGUUCUACAAGCGCCUGUGAUGUGUAUCACAACACGGCCUGCGUGCAAGUUUGAGACCUAUGAUUUCAAUAGGAUCUAAUGGGCAUAGACAUAGAUAUUUCAAAUUAAAUUCACAUUCGUUGUAAUUAAAAAAAAAUCAUAUUUAUAUUAAUAACUUAAUGAAUUCAACAAUUGUAAAACAAGCAGCGAGUUUACAUCCAUGAUAUUUAUACGACAAGUCUAGCUGUGAAACUUUAAAUAUAGGCAACUAUGUCUAUAUGAACUAUAUCAGUAAAUUCUAAGAUUGAAACGUCUGACUUUUCCUUAAAAGAUGAACAACAACCGUUUCAAGCUUCUAUUUAAAGCAGUCUCAUAUAUUGUGCCUUAUGGGAUGAUUGUUAUGUUCAUUGUCUCGUAACUUGAAGGUUAACAUGUUAAUUAACUUGGCUUUUUGGGCAUCCUCAUAAAAUGUUUCAUUAUAUUGCUUUUCUUGGCUAGUCUAAGUUCAAUUCGCCUCUUAGCAUCAAUAUCUCAUAAUAAGCCUGUCUUAUGUUAUUAUCUCAAGGUUUACAGUUGUGAUUAUCAUUAAAAUGUAUCAUAUUAUUAUGUAUGGAAGAAAAGAAGAUAUAUAUUCAAGAGAGAUUAUUCUAGGUAGAGACAAAUACUAUAGAUUUAUUUUCUCACCUAUAAUUUUGUGAUUUAAAAAUUAUUUAUCACUAUUUAUCAGCAGUUUCUUGCCCAAGUGAGACCUGAGGGCAUUGUAUAAUAACCUUGAAAUAAAAGUCUGCUGAACAACAACAUAGUAGUAGAGACAAAGUAAAUCUCCAGGGAUUGGAACGAAGCUCUUACAUUUGCACUCUGUGUAUAUAAAAUAGUUAUAA